GCAUCUAAAGGUAUCAACAGAUUCCUUCCCAGUCUGAAUAUGUUCUGGCCACCUGUAGAAUACAUGCCCCUCAUUAUCCCUGUACAUCAUAAACAUGUGAUGAUGAAAUGAAGCCACAAUAAAAUGUCAUUGAUUCCCUCGAAGAACAGAUGCAGUGAUGACUCGUCUUCAUGUUCUCUGAGCAGCAUCAAUGAUCCAAGCUGGGACAUCAGGUGGAUAAGACCCUCAGUCACUGUGUGGAAGUGUCAGUAACAGUAUCUGUCUCAUUGUGUUGAAACAGAUUCUCUUCCUUAUUCUACAGAUUUUGGUGAAUGGACAUUAUUUACAUGUAACUAACACACAAGCUCUUUUAUUAGCUCGCUGGGAGUGUCUUAGACCUUCUGAUUGGCUCGCAGCUUGUGGUGAAGUAUCUGACUGGCCAAUGGACGAUCAUCAAGUGCUCACUGGGUGAAUAGGGAAACCCAUGGGGAACAUAUAUAAAACCCUGUACUGUGGAGGUGCUCAGCAGAUACAGUCUCAUCAUUUAAUUCUUCAUCAGCAGAAGAUUUGUUAUCUUAUGGGAGGCAUGAUAAUGCUGAAGCUGUGGACUCUCCUUCUUGGCAACGCGCUGAUCAUUUGUCAGAUAUACGUCUCACAGGCAGCUCCAUCCAGAUCAAGCCAGGAGUUGAUGUCAGAUGGAGUCACACUAACAAACGAAGACGCUCAAACUUUUCUCAGAGCCUUCAAGGAGUUGAUGCAGAUAACUUCAGAUGAGCAUGACCCCCGAGCAGCUGAUGGGAACAGCAAUGUCACAGCACAGAAGCGAGGAUGUAACACAUCCACCUGUGUGACCCAUCGCUUGGCCGACUUGCUGAGUCGGACGGGGGGACUUGGAUACAACAACUUUGUUCCCACCAACGUGGGCGCCAAGGCGUUUGGCAGACGGAAGCGGCACGGCAAUGUUUAAGCACCAGAGGGAACACAAAGGACUGAGAUCUCCCACUCAGUGACAAAACUGCAUCAUCAUCCAUCGUCAAACUCUAGAAAUGUUGAAAAAAUACCUGUCGCAAACAAGGACUGCUGUUUUGCUUUCAGGCGACCACACAGAUGCCAGUUUUAAUUUCUAAUCUGUGAUUAAAAACAGAGAAAUGACUAGUAUGUGUAUCAUUGUCGUUAACUGUAACUUGGAAUAUAUUUCCUUCUGUUUAGAGAGAUGAGAAUUUACUUCUUUGUCUUUUCUUGUGCACUUCUGACCUGUCUCUGCUGUACAGUGUGUUGAUGAAGUAUUUUUAUGCACAUCUGCCAGUUAAGCCCUUAACCUGUGAGGCUGACCCGGUAUGUAGCCUUGAUGUCUAUCUCUUCGUUCAUCAUAAUGCACAAUGCAAGAGUUUCAAAUGUAGUAAGACCUGUGAAUUGAAAGCAAGAAUAAAUUGUAUUUUAGCUACAUGAGGCUUUCAAUGUC